AUGCCAGAGUCAACGAGGGCGCCGGUGGAGACCCAAGGACCACAGGCGGUGAAGCAGGUCGAGUCCCUCACCAGAGAGUCCACGAAAGCCUCUCUCGACGCCGCCACUCGAGAGGAACCAACAACCCUCGCAGAAACCGGACCAGAGACCGAGACCGGACCAGAGACCGGGACCGGACGAGACCGAGACCGGACCAGAGACCGAGACCGGACCAGAGACCGAGACGGACCAGAGACCGAGACCGACCAGAGACCGAGACCACUCCCCCUCCACUUCUUCAGUCAACGAGGCCGUGCCGGUGGAGACCCAGGACCACAGGCGGUGAAGCAGGUCGAGUCCCUCACCAGAGAGUCCCACGAAAGCCUCUCUCGACGCCGCCACUCGAGAGGAAAACCAACAACUCUCGCAGAAACGGACCAGAACCGAGACCGGACCAGAGACCGGGGGACCGGACCAGAGACCGAGACCGGACCAGAGACCGAGACCGGACCAGAGACCGAGACCGGACCAGAGACCGAGAACCCGACCAGAGACCGAGACCACUCCCCCUCCACUUCUUCAGUCAACGAGGCCUGCCGGUGGCGACCAAAGGACCCACAGGCGGUGAAGCAGGUCGAGUCCCUCACCAGAGAGUCCCACGAAGCCUCUCUCGACGCCGCCACUCGAGAGGAAACCAACAACCCUCGCAGAAAACCGGACCAGAGACCGAGGACCGGACCAGAGAGACCCGGGACCGGACCAGAGACCGAGAACCGGACCACGAGACCGAGACCCGGACCAGAGACCGAGACCCGACCGACCCGGACCAGACCAGACCACUCCCCCUCCACUUCUUCAGUCAACGAGGCCGUGCCGGUGGAGACCCAAGGACCACAGGCGGUGAAGGCAGGUCGAGUCCCUCACCAGAGAGUCCCACGAAAGCCUCUCUCGACGGCCGCCACUCGAGAGAAACCAACAACCCUCGUAGAAACCGAAGAGACCGAGACCGGACCAGAGACCGAGACCGACGCCCGCCUAAGGGAGUCACACAACGACCCUCUUCUUUCGUCCGAUCCACGUCACGACAGACUGAGCUCUCGACAGGCACUUUGCAGAGCCGUUCAACUCGAGGCGCAACAGGUUUAUAGGAAGCAUAGGAGAGGCUGCAUUAAUGAAGCCCCCGUGGCAAUUGAUAGCGGUACUUGUGAUGUUGCAAUAGGUACAGGGAGAGACAAAUUAUACCUGAACAAGAUUAUAGAGCAGACAGAAAGGCCUCAGGAACAAGAUCUGAACCUGGACAAAGGGCCGAUGUCAAAGAAUCCUAGGAAGUACUAA